AGAAGAAGAAGGGAAAAAAUUGAAAUUAAAAGAAAAGAAAAAAAAGAAAAAAAGGAAAACUUUCAUUUAUAUACUGGUGUUGCAAGAUUCAAAGUUAUCGUUCAAGUUUGCAACAAAACAAAAGAAAUAAGAAGAAAUUUAAUCAAGUAGGUCGUUGGACAGCUUUCACCUUUCUAAAGAUGUUGUCGAAGUACCAAUUUUGUUUCUGGACAGUGGCAAGUUUACUUUGCCUUUCUUCUUUACUUUCCUUCGUGCCAUUUUCAUCUUGUCAAAAAAAUCAACAAGACGUGGAACCCAAAGUUAGGAUUAAAAAUGGCACAUUGGUUGGAUUGAUCAUGAAAACGAGACAAGGACGUCAAUUUGAUGCAUUUCUUGGCAUUCCUUACGCAUUACCGCCAAUCGGUAAACUCAGAUUUGAGCCACCACAACCAAUGACCGCGUGGAAGGAACCGCGAGAUGCAAGAAAAGAUGCAGAGAUAUGCACACAAAGAAACAUUUACACUUAUCAAGAAGAAAUCGUCGGAUCUGAGGAUUGUCUUUACCUGAACGUUUAUACACCGAGAUUACCUAAAACGAUGGAAGACAAAAAUCCACAUAAUAGUUUUCCUGUUAUGGUUUGGUUUCAUGGUGGUGGCUGGGUCACCGGUGCUGGUCAUUCCGAAUUUUAUGGACCGAAAUUCUUCCUGGAUCACGAUGUGAUUCUCGUUACGUUGAACUUUAGACUUGGUCCACUAGGAUUUUUGAGUACGGAGGAUUUGGUAUGUCCCGGAAAUCUUGGUUUAAAGGAUCAGCUUCAAGUACUUCGUUGGAUUAACGAAAAUAUUGUUGAAUUUGGUGGUGAUCCAAACAGGGUAACAAUUUUUGGUGAAAGUGCUGGUGGUGCUAGCGUUCAUUAUCACAUGAUGAGUAAUCUCUCGAAAGGUCUUUUCCAUCGUGCCAUAUCACAAAGUGGAACAGCUCAUUGUCCUUGGACUUUGACCAGAAAAGGUUCAGCUAAAGUAAAAGCUCGAAGUGUGGGACAACUUUUAAAUUGUCCUACCGACAAUUCCAAAGCUCUCAUUGAAUGUUUGAAAACUAAAGAUGCCUACGAUAUUAUUGGCACCGAUCGAUACUUUCAGAAAUUUGGUUAUUGUCCAAUGAUACCAUUCAGACCAGUAAUCGAACCAGAUCAUCCAAAUGCAUUUAUUACGAAAGAUCCUACAAUUGUAACAAAAAAUGGAGAUAUGCUUGACAUUCCAUGGAUGACAGGUAUUACUUCAGAAGAAGGAUCACUCAGAGUACCAUCAUUAUAUACUAAGUCCAAGGGCGAACAGAUCAAAAAAAUGAACGAUGAGUUUGCGAACGUUGCACCGUUGACAUUGCUGCAUGGUGAAACAUGUCCCGAUCAUUUACACGAUCAAAUAAGUCUAGCUAUACGGGAAUUUUAUUUCCAGGGAAAUCCUAUCGAUAAUUCAACUCGUAAGCAAGUUGUUGACAUGUACAGCGAUGCCUGGUUCAAUCACGGUGCACGUACCGCCAUUCGUGAUUAUUUCAAAACGCAAUCAUCUCCUAUUUAUUUUUAUUACUUUGCAUACAAAGGUAGUGCCUCGUUCAGCAAAAUAUUCGGAGAUGAUAGCGCAGAUUAUGGUGUUUCUCAUGCCGAUGAUUUGCAUUAUCUCUUUCCGGUUGGUGAACAAUUAUUUAAGGAAACUCCUCCGAGUAAAGAGGAUCACAAAAUGAUUGACAUUAUGACAUCACUGUGGUUUAAUUUCGCUAAGACUGGUAACCCAACACCAGAGGUAACAAAAAUCAUAACAGAAAAAUGGAAACCGGUGAGAACGGAAGCUUUAGAAUAUUAUUAUAUAAAUAAUACGAAAUUAUCAAUGUCUCGUGAUCUGCAUCCUGAGAGAAGACAAUUUUGGGACAAUUUGCCGUCAUGUAUUAAUCAAAAUAAGACGAACGAGAUGCAUUUUACUAUAAAAGAAGAAUUAUAAAACUAUAUCAAUUAUUAUUUUCAUAUUUGAUAUGAAAACAAAACAAAAAAGAAAACCAAUAAUUUUUACACGAAGGUGCUCUGCAUUCUUCCGAAUGGUUUCCAAACGUUAAUUAUAAAAAGAAACGUGUUGGUUGUUAAGUAAUUAAAACGACUGAAGUAAUUAAGUUAAUUAUUAUAAAUAAUGCGAUUUUAUUUAGAAAAAAAAAUACAAUCGGUAGGUGUAAAGUAGAAUUAAAAAAAAUAUCUUAAAAUAAGAUAUUGUUUUGUGUAAAUGUGUAAAUUAGAAAAUUGGUCAGGUUGGUAUUACGGGUUGCAUUUGACCCCCACUGAGCUUCUUGCAAUUGUGCAAGUGAAAAGCUUUGUUGUUUUGAUUAGUAAAAAAACAAAACAAAACAAAAUCAAUUCUAUUAAUAAUUUAAAGUUUACUUUAUAGGAUGAAAUUAAUUGUUGUAAUAAUUGUGAGGGAAAAUAUUAUUAUUGAUGAAUAAUAUUA